UUAGCACUAGUAUCACAAAACUGAAAGUGCAUUCCAGCUAAUUCCUGCCUCUAACUCCACUGCUGGCUGUCUUCACCUGUAUGUGGAAGGGAGCAUCUUGUGCUGAUGAAAUCACACUAGGUUCCAUGGAGAAAGUCCGGCAGCAGCUAGACGUGGGUUGGUGCCACCCCUGCCUGCUGUCCUGACCACUGUGAAUAGUCACAUGCCCAGCUGCUGGCCCGAAGAGGCUGGAGACAGAGGUCUGCCCUGGUGUGGUUCCUGGCUCCAGGGCUGGCAUGUGCUCCACAACGGAAACGGGGUUUCUCAAGGGAAGGGUUGUGCCGUGGGGAGAGGAGGGACCCAUGAGCAUGAGAGUCGAUGUGACUAAGGAAUGCUGGUGGAUGGCCUCAGGAUCCCCUCUAGUCAGUCAUCUCCCAGGAAGUGGCAAGCUUCCUGCCACACCCAGAACUGUAGCUGAAGGAAACUUUAGCAAACUUGGGGUCUUGAGGGACUUGGAGUGCAACUGGCCCUGCCAGAGCUCAUCUGAGCCCAUUGGUAUAGGGCUCUUGUCUACCUGAGCUCUUCCUAUAGUUCCUGCAGUUACCACUGAUACUGAAGGUUCUUCUUGGUCGAGCCUUAAAUUCAAGCUACCUGGAAUCCAGUAGCUGAGUUGGUGACAUGUGUACACAUCCUGUGUUUCAGAAAGAAGUGUCACUGCCCUUGGCAUGCUUCUAGUCGAGAGUGGUGGUGAGGGUGGUGAGAGGGGGUGCCUCUUCCACACCCUGUGAUUGCCUGAGGCAGAGCAGCGUGACAGAGGCAGGAGGUUGUGGACAGCUCAAGAAAGUGAUUUAGAGAUAGGCAAGAAAGUGACUUAGAGAUAGGUUUGGAGACUUACAUAGGUCCACCCAGGGCAGGUCCUAGUGAAGCUGGAUGCCUGAAAGGGAUUUGGCGAGUUAACAGGGGCUUUAAACACAAAGGGAGACACAGUACCCUGUACUGGAGUCUAGAGGUAGGUUUUCCAGUUUCUCCGUGCAGCUUAUGCCCCCUAGAGGCAGUCCAGGGUGCUGGGGCACAUGCCCAUCAUGUGGCCGCCCUUGGGGGGAGGGGCUCUGGGAAUGAGUUAAAAGAUUCAGAGAAAGGCUCCAUUCUUCCCCCCCCCCCCACCUCAGCCUACCCUUGAUUGGGGAGGCAGGGGGCCCAGAAGUUGGGAGGUGCCAAGUUUAGAAAUGUCUAUCUGAGCCACUUCCUGGGAAGAGGCAGGGAGAGCAGCAGAAGGCUAGACUCUCUCUAUCACACUGGUGGUGAGACUCCAUGAGCAGAGCUCAGGGCGUUAGCCAAGGAGCGUCUGGAUUAUGUCUGUGCCAUGCCUAAGCUGACCUGUCCAGCCAGAAAGGGCAAGUGUGAAGGAAAAUCAUAGAGUGCCCAGAUGAGAAGAGGCAGGUGUGAGGACCAUCAGAGACCCCUGAUGACACCAUGAGCUGAGUAGGACACAGGACGGCUGAUACCACCUGGAGCUGAAGCCUCCACUGACUGCUUCCUACUUCCUGGACAAGACUAUGCCCACUCAGGGGCCCCAGAAGAGGCUUCUGGGUUCUCUCAACUCCACUUCCACAGCCACCCCUCACCUUGGACAGGCCACCAACCAGACAGGUCCUUGGUGCCUGCAGGUGUCUAUCCCGGAUGGCCUCUUCCUCAGCCUGGGGCUGGUGAGUCUGGUGGAGAAUGUGCUGGUUGUGAUAGCCAUCACCAAAAACCGCAACCUGCACUCGCCCAUGUAUUGCUUCAUCUGCUGUCUGGCCCUGUCUGACCUGAUGGUGAGUAUAAGCAUCGUGCUGGAGACUGCUGUCAUCUUGCUGCUGGAGGCAGGGGCCCUGGUGACCCGGGCUGCUCUGGUGCAACAACUGGACAAUGUCAUUGACGUGCUCAUCUGCGGCUCCAUGGUGUCCAGUCUUUGCUUCCUUGGUGUCAUUGCCAUAGACCGCUACAUCUCCAUCUUCUAUGCACUGCGUUACCACAGCAUUGUGACACUGCCCCGGGCACGACGGGCCAUCGUGGGCAUCUGGGUGGCCAGCAUCUUCUUCAGCACCCUAUUUAUCACUUACUACAAUCACACAGCUGUCCUAAUCUGCCUUGUCACUUUCUUCCUAGCCAUGCUGGCACUCAUGGCAAUUCUGUAUGUCCACAUGCUCACUCGAGCAUGCCAGCAUGCUCAGGGGAUAGCCCAGCUCCACAAGAGGCAGCGCUCCACCCGCCACGGCUUCUGCCUUAAGGGUGCUGCCACCCUUACUAUCCUUUUGGGAAUUUUCUUUCUAUGCUGGGGCCCCUUCUUCCUGCACCUCUCACUCAUUGUCCUCUGCCCUCAGCACCCCACCUGCAGCUGCGUCUUUAAGAACUUCAACCUGUUCCUCAUUCUCAUCAUCUUCAGCUCCAUCGUUGAUCCCCUCAUCUAUGCUUUUCGAAGCCAGGAGCUCCGCAUGACACUCAGGGAGGUGCUGCUGUGCUCAUGUGGCAUCAAGCCAGACCCUAUCCACACUAUCAGCUCCAGCCCUGCUGGACUGAGAUUGGAAGCUGGUUCCCGGCAGAGCCAGCCUUUGCUGGAAGAUAGGACCAUGAAGCCGAAGGCCCUCCUCCGAAGGCGCGGCCAGACAUGCUCCGCAUUGUGCGGGCGGAUCUCGAUGCGUGGUGCUGAUGCUGCAGAGCCUGCCGCAUUCUGCGGCGGCGCCCCAGCAUUGCCGUUUGAAGUCAGCAUGAGGGAGAUCGUGCACAUCCAGGCCGGCCAGUGCGGCAACCAGAUAGGGGCCAAGUUCUGGGAAGUCAUCAGUGAUGAGCACGGCAUAGACCCCAGUGGGAACUAUGUGGGAGACUCAGACCUACAGCUGGAACGCAUCAGCGUGUACUACAAUGAGGCCUCUUCUCACAAAUAUGUGCCCAGAGCCAUUCUGGUGGACCUGGAACCUGGAACCAUGGAUAGUGUGCGGUCUGGGGCCUUUGGGCACCUAUUCAGGCCUGACAACUUUAUCUUUGGUCAGAGUGGCGCUGGCAACAACUGGGCCAAAGGGCACUACACUGAGGGCGCAGAGCUGGUGGACUCAGUCCUGGAUGUUGUGCGGAAGGAGUGUGAGAAUUGCGACUGCCUGCAGGGCUUCCAGCUGACACACUCACUGGGUGGGGGCACAGGCUCAGGCAUGGGCACACUGCUCAUCAGCAAGGUGCGUGAGGAAUACCCUGACCGCAUCAUGAACACCUUCAGCGUGGUGCCCUCACCCAAAGUGUCCGACACUGUGGUGGAACCCUACAAUGCCACUCUGUCCAUCCACCAGCUUGUGGAGAACACUGAUGAGACCUACUGUAUCGACAACGAGGCCCUCUACGACAUCUGCUUCCGCACCCUCAAGCUGGCCACACCCACCUAUGGGGACCUCAACCACCUUGUGUCUGCCACCAUGAGCGGGGUGACCACCUCCCUCCGAUUCCCUGGUCAACUCAAUGCUGACCUCCGCAAGCUGGCUGUCAACAUGGUGCCCUUCCCUCGCUUGCAUUUCUUCAUGCCUGGCUUUGCCCCACUUACAGCCCGGGGCAGCCAGCAAUACCGUGCCCUGACAGUGCCUGAGCUCACCCAGCAGAUGUUCGAUGCCAAGAAUAUGAUGGCCGCCUGUGACCCACGCCAUGGCCGUUACCUGACAGUGGCUACUGUCUUCCGUGGGCGCAUGUCCAUGAAGGAGGUGGAUGAGCAGAUGCUGGCCAUCCAGAGUAAGAACAGUAGUUACUUUGUGGAGUGGAUCCCCAACAACGUCAAGGUAGCAGUGUGUGAUAUCCCACCCCGUGGGCUCAAGAUGUCAUCCACCUUCAUUGGCAACAGCACAGCCAUCCAGGAGCUGUUCAAACGCAUCUCAGAGCAGUUUACAGCCAUGUUCCGGCGCAAGGCCUUCCUUCACUGGUACACAGGCGAGGGUAUGGAUGAGAUGGAGUUCACGGAGGCUGAGAGCAACAUGAAUGACCUGGUAUCUGAGUACCAGCAAUACCAGGAUGCCACAGCGGAGGAGGAGGGUGAAAUGUAUGAAGAUGAUGAUGAGGAAUCUGAAGCCCAGGGGCCCAAGUGAAGUUGCUCACAGCUGGGGUGUGGGGCCAAGUGGCAGCCAGGGCCAAGACAAGCAGCGUCUGUCCCCCAGAGCCAUCUAGCUACUGACACUGCCCCUAGCUUUGCUUCCCACCAGCUCAUUAGGGCACCCUAGGGCUACCAGGUGAAAGUCCUUCAGUAUUUAUGGCCGUCCCCCGCUCCACAUGAGUCCACUUGGCUCUGUCUUCCCCAUUUAAGCAACCUCUGUAUUUGUGUUGCUCAUUUGUCUCUGUUUUAUUAUGGCUCCAGGCCCGAUGUUUUAUGGUUUGUUUUGUUUUGUUUUUUACUGGGUUGUGUUUAUAUUUGGAGGGGGUAUACUUAAUAAAGUCACUGCU